UAAGUGUCAUCACUAGUGUGGCUUCUAUAUAAAAGCCAGGAUAAGUAGAAAUCCUCCAAGAAAGUAUGGCUUCUAUAUACAAGAUUUGGGUGAUGUCUCUCAUCGUAGCAGGAGCUAUUCUAGGAGGAGUAAUCCCUGGAGUUACUACAACGAAAACAGCGAUCGCGUGUCCUCUCUAUUGCUUACAAGUAGAGUACAUGACUUGUCGUUCUUCCGGCGAAGAGAAGCUUCCUCCAAAAUGCAAUUGUUGCCUUGCUCCAAAAAAUUGUACUCUCCAUCUCUCUGAUUCUACAUCUAUCCAUUGUAACAAAUGAUUAUGUCUAGUAAGAAAUACCUGAUGGUAUCCCUCCUUCGAAUCCCAUCCAUUCCUCCCACUCAUCGAUUUCACCCAUUUCUGUAAUCUCCUCUUCUUCUACUUCUUUCUCAAACUUUUGCAUCAAACACUGAAAUUUAAUGAAUAUUAGAGAAAGUUUUCAAUGUUUUAU